GUUAAGAGAAAUGGCUUAUGCUGCUAUUUCUUCACUUCUGUAUACAUUGGAACAACUCUUCAAACAUAACCAAUCUUUCGUUUGUCGAAGUUCUACACAACAACAUGUCGAAUCUCUCCAUCAAAAUCUUUCUGCUCUGCAAGAUUUCCUUGACGAUACUACAAAGGAUAUUGAAACUCUUAAGGUGGUAGAAAAGAGGAUCAGAAAUGUAGUAUACAAAGCAGAAGAUAGAGUUGAUUCAAGUCUAAGAAAUCUAAGAAACAACAUUCUAGCAGAUUGCGGAGAGAAGAGAGAAGUGGCUGCUAAAUUCUUCGAGGAAGAGUUGCUAAAAGUGGAAAAAGAUGUUGAUUCUCUCAGGAAAGAGAUGAUGGUUGUUGAGUUUAACAAGCAUGGAAGCAAAUCUGCAGAAUUAGCAACAACUCCAUACUCACCAGAAAAAAGUAUAAUUGAGGAAAAUACUGUUGUUGAGAAGGAGGAUGACUUCAACACCAUACUUGAUCGCCUCACUUCCCAAAUAGACGAGUUGACCGUCAUACGAAUGUUUGGUAUGGACGGUAUAGGUAAGACAACUCUUGCCAAAAAAGUUUAUGAUGAUUCAUAUAUUUGCUCUCGCUUUGAUAAACAUGCAUGGGUCACUAUCUCCGAAGAAUACAAUCAGAGACAAAUGCUUCUUGAAGUUUCCUCUUCAAUUACCCGAAGCAAUCAAGAAAUGAGCGAUGAUCAAUUAAUGGAGAUUGUGUAUAGAGGUAUGAAGGGUAGGAGAUUUCUAAUUGUCAUAGAUGAUAUUUGGAGUACUGAGGCAUGGGACCAAAUGCAAAGAAUAUUUCCAAAUGAUGACAAUAAAAUCCGAAUUCUAUUAACCAGACGGCUCAAGUAUGUUACUGAUUAUGUCAGCUUUCCUAUUUUCCACCUCAUAGUAAGUCUUUUCUAA